AUGUUGUGGUAUCUCCUCUAUCCGCUGAGAGGGACCACCGAGGCGCCAGUGCUGGCUCCCACCCAUCCUCUACGGAAAGCCUUCACGCGCUACGGCACCUGGGCUGCUCGCCAUGUCGAGACCAUCCUGCCCCUGUCGGGCGCAGUGGUCUUCUUCUUUCUCUACCUGUUUCCGUUCCUCUACACCACCGACGCCGCCAACAUCACGAGCGGCGUUUCUUACCUUCCCCAUCACGUCUGGACCAAUGCCCAGCCCCUGAGCGACCAGGCUGCCGUCGAGCCCGAUGUGAUCAUGCGCUCCAUUUGGGUCCACGGCUGCUAUAUGAAGGCUCUCCGCCGGGACGUCCUCCUCGGAGCCCUCGAGUUGCAGGACGAGAUCCUCGGCCCCACGACCGACUUCGACCCCCGCCAGCCACCCGGCCCCCGAAUGCUCCCCGAGCCGGACGCCGACCUGGACCGCCAGCAACGGGACUUUUUCCACAUCACAAAUGGCCUGACGAACCAGUCGUGGUUUUUCCACUCGCCGCUCCAGUACUGGUCCGGCUCUGCCGAGAAGAUCGCCGCCGACGAGGACAUCGUUGCCACCGUCAACGAGCGGAAGUCCCAGACGACCUCUGUCAACACAACCCUGCGUCACCCCAUCGUCUUCAGCGGCAAGCGCUUUGACGAGCGCCGGCUAGUCGCUGCAGAUGCGCUCGUCAUCACUCUCUUUCACCUCCGCGACUCACCCGUGGGCCGGCAGUGGGUAAGAAAGGUGGAGGCGCUGGCCCGGACCUCGGAACGCGAUGGCAAGUGGCAGAUCAUCCCGCCUGACGGCAGGAGUCUCUCGAACCAGCUCUACCAGUUCCAGUUUCAGCCCAUGUCGGCCUUCGAAUGGGUGCUUCUGACGCUAGCCUACUCCCUCACCUUCGCAUACCUGCUGCUCUCCCUGUCCAAAUUGCGGGCUUUCAAGUCAAGGGUUGGCCUCAUGGUCACCGUCCUGGCGCAAAUCGCUGCCUCCAUCUUCUCCAGCUUCACCGUGUGUGCCAUCUUCAAGAUCGACCUUUCCCGCAUACCCUACUACGCCUACCCCUUGGUGAUCCUCACCAUCAGCUUGGAGAACUCGUUCAGGCUGAUAAACGCCGUGAUCGUCACGUCCUCCACCAUAAGCACCAGCCUGAGGAUAGGCGAUGCGUUUGGCGCCACAGCCCACAUCGCCAUCGCCAACCGAGCACAGAACUUCUUGCUCCUGCUCGGCCUGGCGAGGAUCACUUCCGCCGGCGUCUCGGCCUUCUGCACCUUCGCCGCCAUCGCCACCCUCUUUGACUUCUUUUACCUUGCCACCUUCUUCCUCUCGGUGCUCAGCGUCGACGUCCGCCAGAGAGAGCUCUGCGAGCUGGAGAAGGCGUCUCUGAAGCGGGCCAAGUCCUCGCACGGCGGCCUGCCGAAGGCGCCUUGGAUCCGCGACUUGCACCCCUUCCGCCUGGGCGAGACUGCCCUGACGACUCGGAUCGUCGGGACCAUUGUCCUGGUCGGCUUCGUCCUCAUCGCGCAAGCCCAUUACGUCUCGGAAGGCCCCCACCGGUGGCUGAACCAACUGUUCAGCAUGUCAUGGAGCGCGGCUGGGCGGGCUCCCAAGUCUUCGCUGCUGGUCGACAUCCACCAGGCCAGGAGCCCGACUUCCUGGCUCCGCCUCCAGGACCGCGAGACCGCGCGCGAGGUCAUCAAGGUGGUCAAGCCCUGGGCCCAUAGCUACGUGGCGCGCAUCUACGACCCGAUCAUCUUCGUCUUAAAAGGGGCUGACCGCACGCCCGACACGCAGGAGCCGCUGUUCCUGCCCGCCGUCUACGACUUUCUCCACCAUCAGAUCCCCCAGUUUAUGGUCUGCUUGUCAACCGUGCUGGCUACCCUUUUGCUGUUUACGAAGUACCUCAUCAAAGACCGGCUCCAGGGUGACGGUGCAUCCGACCACCCUGACGACGAGCCGUUGUUGUCCGUCAGGUCUCUCAGCGGAGGCCACGUGCUAGAUGUCGCCAUGCUGUCGGCGUCGCCGGGGGGCAAGCUGGUGUCCGUCGGGCUCGAUCGGGCUAUCCAGGUCUGGGAUCUCCUAUCGGGCACCCGAAAUCGCGUGUUGUCCGACCCGGAGGUGCCGCUCGAGAACCCGUUCCCGGUCUUGAGCAUGGCGAUCGAUGACGAGUCCAAGUGGUUGGCGCUCGUUUCGUGGCAGAGAGUCUUCCUCUGGAACAUGGAGACGCGGCAGUGGGCGGAGACGAGAGAGGUAGACCUGGGAGGGCAUCGACCAGAGGCGGUGUUCUUUGUUCUCAAGACGCCAGACACGCCACCAACUUUGGUCUUGGUGAGGAGAAACGGCGUGGGUUUGGAGUUGCAGCUGGAAACUGCAAAGUCUCGGGACUUUGUAAUAUGCAAGACGCCGCUGGUCUGGGCUGUCUCAUUCACCGAGAACAACCCAGCCCAACCUAACGCCCGGUCCAUCUCCAUGCUCACGGCAUCUCGCAAGAACUGUAUCCAUCUCGUCAGACAGCAGGGGGAUGAGUGGCUGUCAACCGAGGUGAAGCUCGAAGGGGAGCGCGAGAGGCGCGACGUGCAUUGCCUGCUCCCUAUUCCAGGACUAUCAAUGUACCUAAUCGGCCGCUCCCAGUCGGUGGAUCUGGUUGAUCUCGAGUCGUCAACCAUCAUUCACACCUUCCGCACCGAGAUGAUGCAGAAGCGGACACUGAAACACAUCGCCUUCACGCGGCCGCAGCAGUCUGGCCUCGAAUCACUAACAUUAUCCUACAUCAGCGCGGAGACGGGUGAGCUGGUCGUACACAGUUACCUAUCCGCAACCGCGACCGACACGCCAUCUUCUCCCCCUCCCCCCGAACCGCUGGCCAGCACCGCGCACGGCCGGUGGAUCCCAGCGCAAGAAGCCAUCAAGCACAUCUCCAAUCCCGGCGUCUGGGAAGCCCUUCCCAGCGGGAGCAUUGUCGGCGUCCGCCGAAAACCAUCCCCUACCCCAUCACCACCUCCACUCUCAUCACCCCCUCUACUAGGCACACUACGCAGACGAACAGUCAGCCCAUCCGUCGUCAGCGUCGGCCACGCCUACUUCGACCGCUCCCCGGACGGGCCGCUCGGCCUGGGCGGCGUCGGCCUGGCAGGCGGCGACGGCCGGCUGCAGCGGGCUGUGGGUCUUGGGGUUGGGGUCGGCGGGAGGAGGAAGAAGGCUUUGUCUGCUUCUGGGAGGGGGGCGAGUAGUAGUCUUGGUGGUGGGGGUGGGGGUGGGGGUGGGGGUUCGCUUGGGGGACGGGGGAGUGGGAGUGGUUCAGUAUGGGAAGGGGGAGGGGUGGGGAGUUAUGGGUGUUAG